ACUUUGGAAGAUCAGUCCGCCCAAAGAAACUGAAGCCCAGAGAAAUUAAGUAAUUUAAGAUUACACAGAGGGUGGCAUAUAAAACUAGAACUCAGGUCUCAUGAUUUCCAUUUGCAAUUACAUGCUGCUAUACUCAUUAUACAUCAUGUCUGUCCCCUUGGACUAAGAUUUAGGGCACCAAAACUGGAUUCUGUAACUCUGAAGGACAAGACCCAAAGGAGGCAAGUUUCAGUUAGCAUUAUGAGGUCUCCUGUUUGGAAGAAACAGCUGAUGUCAGGAGAAAUCCCAGCAACCAUCAAGGGGAGUCAGCGUGUCUAACAAGUCAGUACAACCAAUACAAGCUUUUUAAGAAGAAAGAGCUUUAUAUGCCUGUGAUGAUUAAGAGGAAGAUGAAAUGGAUCAGGAGGAUAGACACGAGGAAGAAGAGGAGAGUAGGGAGUAGCAUCCAACCCAGCCAGUUUUAUCAUCCCAACCACUUUCCAGAAAAGUUAAGCCUGCAUCUUGUUCCUGUCCUGGCCUAGGUGAACAAACAAAUCCUUGAAAAGGUACACAAAAUCACAGACCAUGAAGACAAAGGGAGUCUGCCUUGAACAAACACAAGCGGAUGGACUACCGGACCUGCUCAGGUUUCCAGAUAGUCAAGAAACAUCAAAGGGCAGGUGUGAAUGGCUGAUCUAAAAUUACACAAGAAGAAAACAGACAACUUAAGACAAAUUAAGGACUUUAUAACCUUUAAGAUUAAAAACAACAAUAAAAACCACCUAUGUGAUUCCAGCUUUAAAGGCUUUCCAAUUUAAAGAAUUGCCUACAAUCGCACCCAUUUUCCCUCUCUUUGGUAACCAAUGACCUUUUUGCAACCAAUAAAUUAAAAAACCUAGAAAGAUUAUUUAUGACAAGCUUCCUCUGACUUUACCCAAUACUGACUAUCCUCAGCCCAGAGACUGAUUUUUUUUUUCUGAAGAUGAAUCAGACAUACCUAAAGUUCAAAACAGACUUUUGUGAACGUUUUGAAAAAUCAUAAAAAUUUAGCAGUACUGGGCAUUUACAACCAGAGUGGAAAUACUUAUUGUAAUCUGUCAAGCAAGAGCUUUUAUCAUGGAAGUUUAUUAUGCAGGUACCCUGUCACCAAUAGAUUACAAUAGUACAUCCUUUGAACUGAACAGAUCACACCUACUCAAUGAAACUGACCCUUUCAAACAAGUCAACGACCAAUACGAACACCAACAAUAUGUCAUUGGUCUUUUCCUCUCAUGUCUCUACACUAUCUUCCUCUUCCCUAUUGGCUUUGUGGGAAACAUACUAAUAUUAGUAGUGAACAUCAGCUUUCGUGAAAAGAUGACAAUCCCUGAUCUGUAUUUCAUCAACCUUGCAGCGGCGGAUCUCAUCCUGGUGGCCGACUCCUUGAUAGAAGUAUUUAACCUAGAUGAGAAGUAUUAUGACAUCACAAUCCUCUGUACCUUCAUGUCUCUGUUCCUGCAAAUUAACAUGUAUAGCAGCAUUUUCUUCCUGACAUGGAUGAGUUUUGACCGAUAUAUUGCCCUAGUGAAGGUCAUGCGAUCCAGCCUUUUUCGCACAAAGCACCAUGCCCGGCUGAGCUGUGGCCUCAUCUGGAUGGCAUCUAUCUCUGCUACCCUGGUUCCUUUCACAGCUGUUCAUUUGCAGCACACAGAGGAGGUCUGCUUCUGUUUUGCUGAUGUGAAAGAAAUCCAGUGGCUUGAGAUUACCUUGGGGUUCAUUAUCCCCUUUGCCAUCAUUGGUCUCUGUUACUCACUCAUCGUCCGAGUUCUCAUCAAGGCUCACAAGCACCAGAGCCUGCGACUGCGGCGGCAAAAGGCCCUCCGAAUGAUUUUUGCUGUGGUCCUGGUUUUCUUUAUCUGCUGGCUACCCGAAAAUGUCUUCAUUAGUGUACAUCUCUUGCAAAGAAAGGAGCCAGCAAUUUCUUCAUGCAAACAGUCUUUUCGCCAUGCCUACCCUUUAACUGGCCACAUAGUUAACCUAGCAGCAUUCUCAAACAGCUGCUUAAACCCACUUAUCUAUAGCUUUCUUGGGGAAACUUUUAGAGAAAAACUGAGGCUGUACAUUGAACAGAAAAGCAACCUGUCAGCCCUAAAUCGUUUCUGUCAUGCUGCCCUCAAGUCAGUCAUCCCUGAGAGCAGUGAGCAGACAGAUGCAAAAUUUAGCAGUGCUGUGUAAAUAGACAACUGGGAGAGUCUUUUCAUCAAUGUAGAACAAAACUGUGUACCACAAAAAUGUACAUAUAGCUAGGGAAGGGGAAAAAACACAACUAUUUCUUUUCCUCUCAUAGGUUUCUGAUGUUGUCUAGAUCAGCAGUUCCCAUUUAGUGGCUUGUGAACCUUUGGGAGUCCUCAGUAAUGUUCCAAGGAGUUCAAAAUUCUUCAAUGGUGCCUUAAGCAUUAAAUAAUUGUAGAAUAUCAUGAGUAGUAUAUUAAAUUACCCCAGGGGUUCAGAGCAAAUUGUUUUUGUUGAAAUGAGUUCCCAGGGCAAAAAAAUGUUAGGAACCACUGGUCUAGAUGCUACUAAAAACUGGCUUUAAUGUGUAAAUUUUGGUCAAGUUUACUUGAUUAUAAUUGGGGUUACUAAAUAACAUACCCUAAACAACUCUCUCUAAUCACAUACAGUUCAUAGACAGACCUAAUGAUAGUUAAAGAUAGAGAUUAUUAUCACAGUAUGUUUUCCUAUGGCAAAGAAGAGUCAACAGAUGACAAAACCAUAAUGUUCUGCUACUCUUCAUAUGGACUUUUGCUCCUCCCCCUGAGAGAAAACUGCCAAAACAGCAAGUGAGAAAACUCAGAUUUAUUAAGAAGUUUCUGCGGAGAUGUAGCACUUUAAAUGGAAACUUAGCUACUGAGAAUAAAUCUGCCACUUUAUGUAAUGAACACGAAGACUUCUGGCUAAAAUCUAUUUGAAAUAUUCUAAAUUUGAUAUCACGGUGGGAAAUCAAGUCCCAUGAUUUAUAAUCUAUUGCUACACACUUUGACACUUGACUAGUGCUAAAAUGAGACACGUCACUCAUAGACACAUUUAAGUAUUAUAAUCUCUCUUAGAAUGGCCAUCAAUUCUAAAAUACAUGAUCCCGGUUUGUCAAUUACCUUAUUCAUAGGUAAGUCACAGUCACCUGUGUAAGUUAGAUUUGCAUUAACGAUGAAGCUUCUCCUUGGAUAACAUAACUGCUAUCUAAUGCUAGUCUGAUCUGAGUCGUGACUUCUUCAAUGUAUAUGUUUACAAUAACCUUGGCAUUUAGAAGAAUGUGGGAUGAAAUUGUGAGAGCUGUGGAGUUUAUCGUAGCCAUCACAGAAUGUAAUACUGUGGCAUUUUGGUUUAAUAAUGCAAUAAUAAUGUUAAUAGGAAUAAUAAUGAUGAUAAUAUAGAUGGCUCUCAUUAAA